GAAGCGCUGGAAAGGAUUCUCUAAAGGAUGUUUCUCUGCAGGGCUCAGGCAGACCUUAACACGAAUGGGAUUUGCAAACAGCAGCUUGAUAAGAUGUUUUCGUGGGUAGAAGACAGGAUAAAGGCCCAGUUAUGCCUUGGAUUGGCCUGUGCCAGCGUUUGUUUGAUUUCGUACUCUGCUGCCUUUUCACAUGGUGCAAGCCUGUCUGCCUGCUCUGAUAUGAGACCCAAGCACAUCCGAGCUCAGCCACAAAACCCCAAGAAAAACUACAUCGCCAUCCGCACCAACCGCACCUCCUAUCUGCCCGGGGACACUGUACCAGUGACCAUCAGAAGUUCAAGGGAUUUCAUGGGUUUUCUUCUCCAAGCCCGAAGAAUAUCUAAUGACCAAGUUGCUGGGUCCUUUGUAUUUAUUCCACCUGGCGCCAAACUUCUCCAUUGCUUUGAAGAUGGAGAUACAGUCACCCACUCAGACAAAUCCUUAAAGAGAAAUCUGUCUUUUGUGUGGAAGUCACCAGACCAACCAGUUGGAGACAUCAGGUUCUUUUUGUCAGUAGUGCAGUCAUACUUUGUAUACUGGUCUCGGAUUGAAUCUGCCAUAGUAUCAAGUAAAAUUCUAAACAAUACACAUGCUUCUUCUCAUGUGGGGACAUCUAAAACUGUACCGACUGCUGAUUCUGCGCAGAGCUGGAAACCAGAGCAGUCCAGCGUGUACCUUUUAUCUGUAUCUGGUUUAACUAACGUCACUGCAGCCAAUACCAUUGCUCUAACAUCUGUCAGCACUGCUGGUACUAAACCAUCAACAAAUGCAUCCAAAUCAUAUAAACCAAUGAUGUCAGUUGGAACAACUCCCAAGCCAGUCGUUCCUUCACUAAAUAAAAGUAACAUCAUUGCCACAAUGCAGCCAUCACAUGGGCAGAUCAAUGGGACGUCUGAUCAACCAACUCACAGAGAGAAAAGCACACAUGGAGGAAAUGUAACACUGUGCCUUUCCUGUCAAGAGAAAAGUGAGGUUUCCUCAGGAUUUGCGCUGUCACCACCCAGGCCAACGUUUCCUCCAGAUAUGAAGCCAUGGCUAACUGGGCAAACCUUCACCACUGGCCAAGCACUGCAGGAUCCUCCAAAGCAGGAUUUGCAGCAGGUACUGACCGACGCUCCUUCCACGGCAGCAAAUGAAGAUCAAACAGCAACUAAAGGGCUCUCUCCAAACUUUUUGCAACAGCCAGCUGAUAUUGCAUCUGAUCGGAACAUUCAUAUUGAAGCAGAGGCUACAUUGGCAUGGGAGACCAGGCCUGUGAAUGAGGUUGUUGGGAAAGGAGGAGAAGAGAACAGGGGCAUGCAGCUUGCCAUGACACAGCUGGGCAUACUUUUAGGCUGUUCUGCAGUUCUUGGCAUGGCCCUUGCUGCCGGCCUACGCUGUAUCCAUGCGCAGUAUUGCCAUAAGAGGACAGAGGUGUCCUUCAACGAGCCAGAUAAUAAUAUCAUUACUGUGACAGAGAAUGGCGAAAUGAUGCAGUUUAGGAAGAUCAGAGAAAACAGCUUUGUGCUUGUGCAGGCAGAAUACAACUGGAUUACUCCAGCAGCUGGUGGGAAGACACAGUAGCACUCAUUCAUCUCUGUGCCAUUUUAUAUACAGUAUAAAAAAAAUAUAUAUAUAUGUAUAGCUUUAGUAAACAGUAAAGUUGGUUCUUAACCCAUGAGUUAUGGAGGGUUGGGGUCUGCUACAAUACAUACAUCAUAUAACAAAUUAACUAGUUGUAUCCCUCCACUCUUGGAUACCUAUGGAGUCACAAAGAACAAGGAAAUAGCACAACUAGGUAUUUAGGACACUAUUUAGGACACUAGAUUGUCUAUAUACUUUUCAUUUUUCAAAUACUUUCAAACCUUAUGCAGUAAAGGGUUAAAUUAAUUAUCUUCUAAUGCCCCACAAAGCCAUGGAGUGCACUUAUGAUAUAGAACCUGAAAGAACAAAUAAUAAUAUUUGCCUUUGUUUUAGCCUUCAACAUUUUAGUGUAGGUUUAUUGACUUUUUUUUCUCAUAACUAUCCCAGUGAUAGGAGUUUAUUACUGUUCUUUCUUCUCCUUUGCUAUUAUUAUAGCUAGAACCAAAGGCUGCUUUUGUUCUAUGGAGAUGGGGGAUCCCUGCUGCUGAGCUUUUCUUUCUCUUACCAAAAAUCCAGCCAGGGCCGGAACUAGGGGUAGGCAGAAGAGGAGCCUUCCUAGGACAUCGCUCUGGGGGAGCUGGUUGGGGCUGACCAGGUUGCCUAGGGUGUCUGGUCGGCUUUUCCCGGCACUGCAUGUGGGUUUAACCUUGGCGUCGUAUGUUGGCUUGGCAACUUCUUAACAAAGCAGCUACACAGAUUAAAUAACUGAUACAAUAUGGAAGCUGAAGCAGUGAAUGUUGAUUAAUCAGUCCCAUCUUUUGUGCAUGUUUGGAGCAAAUUUGAGCAGUUACACUUCCUUUUACUUAUACUUUGGAAUGCUCAAAACAAAACCCUUUGUAACUAGCAAGCUUGCUUAUCCAGGCAACAUAAAAUGGUUAUGUUUAGAUAGAAAGGCAGCUUAAAUUGACACAGAAUUUACUGUACAUGUUUAAAAUGUUAUCUCAUAGAAUUGUGUGUGUUGUAGAUAUGUAAUAUGUAACAGUUGAACUUAGUUUAAUGUUGUUUCUCUUGCCAUUUCCCUGUUAAUAAUGCAUAUACUGAAUGUACUUACCAAUGACUGGUUUCAGUGUUGCAGAACUUCUGUGUAUCUUUUUGGUCUAAGCCAAUAAAUGUGCAUUUUCGACCUGUCAA